CAAGGUGCUGGUGACGGCGCCGGCAGCGCCCGGCACUGGCCAGCACCCAGCCGCCGCCUCCGCCUCUGCCUCAGAGAGCAGCAGCAGCAGCAGCAGCAGCGAGACAGAGUCCUCCGAGGAGACGUCCAGCACAGAGUCAGAGUCUGAGCAGGAGCCUGUGGAGAAGCCGGCAGACAGGGAGGAGGCCAAGUCGUUCCUGAUGCGUGCGCUGGCACCCGUCACCAGCUUCUUCCGCGGUUCCGGCGAGGCUGCCACGGACAAGGACAAGGACAAGGACAAGCAGAAGCUGGCGCGACACAUCCGGCACGUGCAGUCUGGGGAGCGCGCCUGGUGGCUGGACCCCAACGCCGAGGUGCCCGAGGGUGUGACUCGCAUCGCCAGUAGCCACCAGCUGGCCGGUGGUGUGUCCCGCACGCCGAGCGCGGCGCAGGUGGCGGCCGGCGGCGGGCUGGCGCGCGCCCCGAGCUCCAGGAAGCUGGCCGCGCUCCAGAGGGCGCCCAGCUCCCAGCGCGUGGGGCCCGGCUUCCGCAUCCGACCGCAGCAGUCGGGGGAGCUGCCCUGGUGGCUCUGCAAGGACGCAGAGGUGCCCGAGGGCGUCGUCAAGCUCGAGACCAGCUCCAGCGACGAGGACCACAGUAAGGCGGACAGCGGGCGGCGCUCGCCAUACGACAAUGUGCCGGACACCGAACCUGAGCCCGGCGUCGGGCCCGACGUCGAGGCUGCCCAACAGACCGGCGGGACGGCGCGCAGGCGCAGCCGCGGCUUCAUCGGCGCGCACACCAACAUCGACGACAUCCUGGGCAGCGUCGCGUCGCUCGUCGAGCCCGCCAUGGGCGUCGCCAGGCUGCGCCGCCGCCAGAUGGGUCUCGCCGCCGAAGACGACGACGAGGACGCUCAAGACGUGGAGGAGGUGGACGCCGCGUCGGUGCGACUGCACGACAGCUCCGCCCAGAGGCCCACCAUCGUGCGUCGCAGGAGCCAGCCGUCAGAUGGCCCGGCGAGCGCCCGAGACGGCAUGAUCAAGCUCGAUGAUGCGGCGUUGCAGCUGUACAAAGAUGGCGACUACGGGGCAUACCUGGACCUGGACGCAUCCAUCAACGAGCAGCAGGACGAGUUCGAGAACUUCCACAAGAACCACAAGAAUUCCAUCGUCCUUCGGACUCAGCUGUCGGUUCGCGUGCACACCAUAAUCGAAAAACUGCUCAACUCGGAGGGACGUGAACUGCGGCGCGCCCUUUUCUCACUGAAGCAGAUCUUCCAGGAAGACAAAGACCUAGUCCAUGAAUUUGUUCAGAAUGAUGGCCUAGCAUGCCUCAUCAAAGUUGGCUCCGAAGCAGACCAGAAUUACCAAAACUACAUCCUAAGAGCUUUGGGCCAGGUUAUGCUGUAUGUAGAUGGAAUGAACGGUGUUAUGGAACACAAUCAGACAGUUCAGUGGCUGUACACACUGAUUGCCAGCAAGUUCCGUCUGGUCGUGAAGACCGCACUGAAACUUCUGCUUGUAUUUGUGGAGUAUGUGGAAACAAAUUGCCUACUGCUCAUCCGAGCCAUCCAUACUGUUGAUUCUUCGCAUGGGGCUCUUCCCUGGAGUAACAUAAUAAAAUUGCUGAAGGAUUUUGACACAGCUGACACUGAACUGCUCAUAUAUGCAACUACACUAAUAAACAAAACACUGAAUGGUAUUCCUGAUCAAGAUACAUAUUAUGAUCAGGUUGAUGCCCUAGAGGAACAAGGCAUUGAAGCUGUAAUACAGAGGUACAUGUCAAAGCAAGGAACAGACUUGGACCUUCUUCGUCAGUUCCAAAUAUAUGAGGCAGUUCUCCACCAUGAGGAUGGAGAAGAGAAGGGAACACCACUGAAGCAACUGGAUGAUGCCAUUAGGAAGACACUGCGGCAGCGGAAAGCUUUGACAGAGUCAGUACCAGCUACUGGACGGCGUAAGUCACGCCGACAUUCAACCGGCACAUCCCCAUUCUCUCUUCGCCAACAACAACAGCAGUCACCAUCAUCAAAUCAACUGCUGGUCCCUGGUCAAGAUGAAGAAGGUUCUCCCGGAUCCCAUACACCACCUGGUUAUGGAGACACCUCCCAUAAGGACAGAAACGGUGAUGCAGGUGUGACACCAGCUCUGAGGAGGCGUAGAGAGCGUGCCGAGCGCCAGCGGAGCUUCAUCCGCGAGCAGCAGGAGACCACCGCCUCUUUGCGUGCCUCAAUUGUGGCACACGAAAACCAGAACAGUGUCACAUCUGGUCACGAGAUGGAAGGAACAGCACAGACUCCUGACUCACCCAAAAGAGAAUCAGGUUCAGUACGUGAUCUCACACAGAGACUUGCAAAUGCAGGUGUCGGUGGGAACCAAGAUGAAGUGACAGGGCCGCGUCCACCAGACCUUGCUGGUGACAUGACUGGACUUGUAUCUCGUGCUAAGGAAGGCCUGGCCAAGUCAAAAUCAAAGGCUGAAGUUGUGCCAUCUCCUAGACCACCACCAGAGGUAAAAAAGUCAGAAGUUGACUUACAGUGGGAGGAAUUAGUGAAUAAGGUCAAGCGGCCAUUGGCUCUAGCUGACUUGGACUUUACUGACUUGGUCAGUGAUGAUGACACCAACCUCCUUUCUCCGUCACCCAUCUGCAAUGGUGGUCCGCCUCCUCCACCUCCAGCACCAAGAGGUGUUGCUCCACCACCACCACCAGCCCUAAGAGGAGUUGGUCCACCACCACCACCGCCAGCUGCCAUUCCACCAGCUAUGCGGAAUGGUCUUUCGCCACGGACAACCGCGCUUUCAAACUCACCCACAUCUCCACCAAUUAGAAAGACUAAAAAGACAGUCAAAUUAUUCUGGAAGGAAGUUCGUGAUGAUCCUGUUGUUGCAGCUAAGUUGCACAGUGUAGGAGGCACUAUAUGGGAUGAGCUUCCCUCUGUUGCAGUUGAUACGCAGAAGCUGGAGCACCUGUUUGAGUCACGUGCCAAGGACCUCAUUGCCAAGGAGAAACAGCAAGAGAUGAAUAAAAACAAGGAAAUCAUAGUAUUGGAUCAUAAACGCUCAAAUGCAAUAAAUAUAGGAAUGACAAAGCUUCCUCCCCCAAGAUCUAUACGAACUGCCAUUAUGAAGAUGGAUGCCACAAUCAUGAACAGGGAAGGAAUAGAGAAACUUCUUACAAUGCUUCCAACAGAAGAAGAAUGUACUAAGAUCCAAGAGGCACAAAUGGCCAAUCCUGACUUACCACUUGGCAGUGCAGAACAGUUCUUGCUGACACUUGCAUCAAUUUCAGAACUUCCUGCAAGAUUGAAACUCUGGGCCUUUAAACUAGAUUAUGAGAACAGUGAAAAGGAAGUAGCAGAACCUCUCAUGGAUCUUAAGCAAGGAAUGGAGACCCUUAAAUCCAACAAAACAUUCCGUGGUAUUCUUAGUACCUUGCUUUCAAUUGGUAUUUUUCUAAAUGGAAGUGAGGUGAAAGGAUUUCAGAUAGAAUAUUUGGCAAAGGUUCCAGAAGUAAAGGACACAGUGCAUAAACACUCUCUGCUGCACCACCUUUGUCAUAUGGUUAUGGAAAAAUUUCCAGAUUCAACAGACUUGUAUUCAGAGAUUGGUGCUGUUACACGUGCAUCAAAAGUUGAUUUUGAUGAGCUUGCUGCCAACAUUCAGAAAAUGGAGCAAGAGUGCAAAGCCUCUUGGGACCAUCUAAAAGUUAUUGCAAAGCAUGAUGGCUUCACUAUGAAGACAAAGAUGUCCGAUUUUCUGGCAGACUGUGCCGAGAGGAUUAUUGUUUUAGGGAUAGUGCACAGAAGAGUCAUGAACAGGUUUCAUAAAUUUCUCCUAUGGCUGGGGAUUCCGAUGCAUCGAGUGCAGGAUUUACGACCAAAUGAAUUUUGCCGCACUGUUUCUGAGUUUGCUCUUGAGUAUCGCACUACUCGAGAACGUGUACUGCAGCAACUCGAGAAAAAAGCAAAUCAUCGUGAACGCAACAAAACACGUGGGAAGAUGAUUACUGAGGUUGGCAAGUUUCGCACAAAGGAGGAUCGUGCAGAUGCUGAAUUACGGCAGCUGUUGGGUGGAGAUGUUUCUGAUGCAGAAAGUGUUCAUGGCACUUUAACACUGCCAUGGCGUCGACAAAGGAAGGACGCAGGUCGAAAUGCUCUGAGUCCUUCAACUGGCGAUGCAACAGUGAAUGGUCACCUGACAGAUGGAGAUGAUGAAAUUUUGGAAUCUCUUGUGAAAACUGCCACCAAAGCACCAAAUACGAGGACAACACCACGAGAACGCAAACGAACCAGAAAUGCUGAUCGCAAAUCCUUAAAGCGGUCUCGAACACGGGAGAAUAAUGUGAUGGAAGGUUGUAGGGGGUCACCAUGAUCAGAAGGUUUGUGCGAAGAACUCUUAAAAAUGGUUUAUCAGAAGAGGACAAGAAGCACCUCGCUGCGUAUAUAAAAGGCUACUGAGUAGUUUCUCCUUGCUUGAUAGACUGUGAUACAAUGUAUGUGCAUUAUAUGUGAUAUUUAUGUAAUUUCAAUGGGGGAUUACUAGUACCUCAGUGGCACGAAAGUUGGGAAUUUUUAUACCUGCUAUGUACUGAAGGUGUGUUCCUAGUCUUUUUUUAUUCCAACUGGAAGUGUCAUAUGUUUAAAAUGUAAAAGUACAAGCAAUACAAAACUGUUGCAUUUGUAUAAAUUUAUUUUGUAAAAAAUGUAUACAAAUUUGAGAAAAAUUGUGUUUCUCAUUUUAUAACAUAGUUUCAACAUUUCAGUGUACAUAUGUAUAGUGUGGUGAACAACUGAUGAAAGUUUUUCACAAAGAAAGAAAUUUUACAACUUUUAUAAGUGUGUGUUUUAUGUAUGAAAUGGGUAUGCUAUUUACAGUCAAGUUGCUAAUAAAGUCCAAGAAAAAGCUGUCUCCAACUAAUGAUGUAACAAAUGCUUCAACAGAAAGUCAUGAAUUUUGUGGAAUACUCAUGCCUAUUUAAGGUCUUUUGCUGUUUUUUCAUCACACAAUAACAAAUAAGCAGUGAAAGAAAUUAUUUCAUAUUAUUAGUUACACUUCUUAAAGACUAUACCAUCUUGGAAAAAAAUAAACUGCAAAAUACGGACAAAGAUGGGCUGUUUCCUGUAUGAUUGUGAACUGUGAAAAACAAAAGACUGAAACAUCUAGGAAUUAUUCCCGGUGGAAGAUUAAGAGAUAUUCUCAGCUGGACCAAUAAAAUGAUGGUAAGUUUACUCAGAAAAUUUAUGUAACAAAUGAACAUGUGGGGAGUGUUAGCUCUUCGACUAUUUCCGCAAAAAAAUAUAAUGAAAGAUACACCAUUAAGUCUGAUAACUUUAUGUAUGUUGAGAAUUAUGGAAAAGAUAACCACCUAAUUCCUGUAGAUGAUAAAAACAAGUUGGUGAAACAGAAAUGAUCCUUUGUGGUACAUAUUUAAGUCCCUCAAUAAAUCUGCAGUGAGUGGCUGUUUAUGGUGAAUUAUUUUUAUGCAAAAUAUUUGUCAUGAAAAUUCCAAUACUGAACCACAUUGUAAUUCUCUGUAGGAAAAAACAGUGGUGCUGUAAAACCACACAUAUCAAAGAAUAUCAUUCCAUAAUCACCAAUUUCCACUGUUACUGAGAUACAUAGGAAGGAGACAGCCUAGGACCAAUAGCAAAUUUAUUUGUACAUAGUAUGGAUAAAAUGUGUUCCAUUUUCUUUGGUAUAAAAACUACAUUUGUGAGCAAUAUUUAGCUUUAAAUUUUCUUCAAGUUUUCCUGUUGAGAAAUGAUUGACAGAUAAAUGCUUCAUGAGGAUAUGAUUAUGUAACUUUGCUAGUCUUCUAAGUGUUGUCUGUUCAGCACUAUAUUGUAACAGAACCUUUUGUAUAGAACAAUCACAUGACAAAAUAAAUAGUGAUCCUUAUGCUCAAAA